ACUAGUAACCCGGAAGCGGUAGGCAGUGCGGCGCUGUUUAAAGAUGGCGGCGGAGGAACCUCAGCAGCAGAAGCAGGAGCCGCUGGGCCGCGACUCCGAAGGUGUUAACUGUCUGGCCUAUGAUGAAGCCAUCAUGGCUCAGCAGGACCGAAUUCAGCAAGAGAUUGCUGUGCAGAACCCUCUGGUGUCAGAGCGGCUGGAGCUCUCGGUCCUAUAUAAGGAAUAUGCUGAGGAUGACAAUAUCUACCAACAGAAGAUCAAGGAUCUCCACAAAAAGUACUCAUACAUCCGGAAGACCAGGCCUGAUGGCAACUGCUUCUAUCGAGCUUUUGGAUUCUCUCACUUGGAGGCACUGCUGGAUGAUAGCAAGGAACUGCAGCGGUUCAAGGCUGUGUCUGCCAAGAGUAAAGAGGACCUGGUGUCCCAGGGCUUCACCGAGUUCACAAUAGAGGAUUUCCAUAACACGUUCAUGGACCUGAUUGAGCAGGUGGAGAAGCAGACCUCAGUAGCCGACCUGCUGGCCUCCUUCAACGACCAGAGCACCUCGGACUACCUGGUGGUCUACCUGCGGCUGCUCACCUCAGGCUACCUUCAGCGAGAGAGCAAGUUCUUCGAGCACUUCAUCGAGGGGGGGCGGACUGUCAAGGAGUUCUGCCAGCAGGAAGUGGAGCCCAUGUGCAAGGAGAGCGACCACAUCCACAUCAUCGCGCUGGCCCAGGCCCUCAGCGUCUCUAUCCAGGUGGAGUACAUGGACCGCGGCGAGGGCGGCACCACCAACCCGCACAUCUUUCCCGAGGGCUCUGAGCCCAAGGUCUACCUUCUCUACCGGCCCGGACACUACGAUAUCCUCUACAAAUAGGGCUGGCCCUGGCCUGCUGCCACCCUGCCUGCCCUCCCCUCUGCCAGGCGCUAGACAUGUACAGAGGUUUUUUUUUUGUGGUUGUAAAUGGUCAUAUUUCACUCCUCCCCGAUUCCUGUUGCACAACCUUCCACGUUUUAUUAAAGGGGAUGCUGGUGGUGA